CUGAGGCUGAGACACAACGACAAAGAGACACAACCUUCUGCUGCAACACCAGAGAGGAGAGAUCAGCCCUGAAGCACAAUACUUCAGUCAUCUGAACUGGAGAGAACUUUGUAGACUGCAGAUAUUUUGGAUUCUGCUUCACAGAAAGAUGACCAGUCUGUCAGAUAGAAGUGUGUUUGUUGUCUUCGUUACAGCACAGGUGUUGGCCCAGGUCUGGUCCCAGCUGUGUCCUCGGAGGUGUCCCUGUCCUAAGGAGCCCCCUCUGUGCUUGCCUGGGGUUCCUCUGAUCCUGGAUGACUGCGCCUGCUGCCUGGUCUGUGCGGCUCAGAAAGGCCAGGUCUGCUCUGACCUGAAGCCCUGUGACACCCGCAGAGGGCUGCAGUGUGACUACUCAGCCGACGUCCACAGGAGGACCGGAGUCUGUACCGCUAACCAAGGGAACGUGUGUGUUCUGGACGGUUCUGUCUACCAGAACGGUCAGACCUUCUUCCCCAGCUGUAAGUACCAGUGCAUAUGCAGGGACGGACAGAUCGGCUGUGUGCCACGCUGCAACGUGGACGUUAUGCUGCCUGGACCCGACUGUCCAAUGCCCCGCCAGGUCCAGCUGCCCGGAGAGUGCUGCGAGAAGUGGGUCUGUGAGCCCCAGACAGAGGCCAGCGCCCUGGGGGGCUUCGCCAUGGCAGCCUAUCGCCAGGAGGAGACGGUGAGCUUCGAUGGCUGGGAUCCCAGCCUGAACUGCAUUGAGCAGACCACCGAGUGGGGCGCCUGCUCUCGGACCUGCGGCGUGGGGAUCUCCACCAGGGUCACCAACAAGAACCAGCACUGCGAGAUGGUGAAGCAGAUUCGGCUGUGCAUAAUCAGACCCUGUGAGCAGCAGCAGCUCACUCAGCUGGCACUGAGGAGAGGCAGUAAGUGCCAGAGGAUGUUGCGGAGCGACACGGCGGUCCACCUCUCCUAUAAGAACUGCACCAGCGUCCAGGCCUACAAGCCUCGCUACUGUGGCUCCUGCACAGACGGCCGCUGCUGCACGCCUCACAGAACCAGAACCGCCCUGGUGGACAUGCAGUGUCCCGGCGGUAAGACAUCCAGGAGGCCAGUGAUGGUGAUCCUGACCUGUGCCUGCCACAGCCACUGCCCUCGAGACAACGCCGUGUGGCCGCCGUCAGAGCUGGGAUACAGCGGCAUGAGAGUCUGAGAAAGCGCACCGCUGGGUUCAAGGACAGUUUCCUUUAAACUAUGAAUUUAUUAACCCUAAAAUGAUGUUAAAACAACAUAAACAACAUAAAUACAGUGCAAAGUAAUUCUAGGAGCUGCAGCUUCUAGAAUGGAGCACUAAAAAACAAUGUAGUCUAUAUUUAAACCAUAAAAGAAGAAUCCUUUUCUGAAGUCACUGAAAUUUUAAAUAUUAAUAUUUAACCCUGAAUCCUGUGGACAAAUUUGUGCUACCUUCACUAAGUACAAUCAAAGCACUUGUGACAUUUGUUUCUGUAGUUCAUACUGCAGUUAAUUCCCAACCAACUUUCAUUUAAAAUUAUUCAAGAGGUCAAAUACAAUAUCAUGGCUGUACGUAGCAAAUCAGACAUAAUUUAGCUUUUUUUUUUGACAAAGAACAUAAAGCCAGAGCAUUUUGUUCUGCAUAAACUAAGAAGACGUAGCCUUCUAUGGCAUAAUGUAACCGGUAGAUUUAAGAACUGCAGAUUAAUGACACCUUGAUCUAGAAAUACAUGUAGUCUUAAUGGUGAUGAAGCAGCAGGUGAGCAGAAGUUAAGGAGCUCUGUAACUCGCUCCGCUCUGGAAAUUCUCCUACUACUGGAUACGUUUUUGAAAUAACUGAACUGUGGACUUUGACAUGAUUCCAAACAAAGACUCCUUCAAUGAAACUGAGGUCACUGUGGUGUCAUUUCUGACAUCUGCCUGUAAUCUAACCCUCACAUACAUAAAAUUCCCAUCAAUAAAUGUACCUUUUUUUUUAGAUUUAGGUUGAUAUGGCUUUUUUUGUUUAAAGUAGUGCACAUAACAGCUGUUUGUACUGACAAAAGUUCUGUAAAUACUUGCUGUAUAGACUGAGUGUGUAUCAAAUACACAGCGUUAAUCAGUAAUAAUGUAAGCUGUAUAUAUUGGUUUGUUAUAUAAAUGUUGUCGACUUGAAUUAUGCUUCAUUCUGCUGGUUUCUGUAUCUGUCUGCAAAACAAAGCAUCUGAAAUAAAUGUGUAUUUUUUGAACCAAA